AUGUGGGGAAAUAACACACAAGCGUCCUGGGAGACUUCGCCUUCAAAGGAGAUCUCAAGCUCCUCCUCUAACAAUUCAGCACUUUUGCAAUGUGCAGCAGAAGUCGAGUUCCAGUACCUGCUCCUUCCAAUCACUUACAGUCUGGUUUGUGUGCUGAGCUUGGCCUCCAACAGUGUGGCCUUGUGGAGCUGCUGGGCCACUCGGGCCCAGGCCCCUCCUGUCAUGGUCUUCAUCUACAACCUCAUUGCCAUCGACCUGUUGUUUGCUCUGUCCCUGCCAUUACAGGCUGUGUACCAUGCUAGGCACAAUGACUGGCCCUUUGGGGAGGGCCUGUGUAAGGCCACCAAUGCACUCUUCCUGGCCAACAUGUUCAGCUGUACUCUCUUCCUGGCCUGCAUCUGCCUGGAGCGUUACCUGGCUGUCACCCAACCUGUCCGCUACCUGCGCCUGAGGCGUCCCCUCUACCGUGUGCUGCUCUCUGUGGCCAUCUGGGCCUCCAUAGGGAUUGGGCUAUUGAGCCUCUUCUCCAAGAGCACAGUGACCAGGCGCUUCCCAAAUGGGAACACAGCCUGCAUGGAGAAUUUCCCGACCCAUGUAUGGAGUGGGCGGCUGGCAGCCAUGGUCCUUGUCUCCUCUGCCAUGGGCUUCUUUGUGCCUUUCCUCACCAUUAUCAUCUGUUCCGUGGUGAUUGCCCGGCGCAUCAUGAAUCUGAGGUGUGGUUCAGCCCAGACCGCUUCACUGCGGAGGCACUCCCUCCGCACCCUCCUGUUGGUGACCAGCUUGCUCACCCUCUGCUUCCUACCCUUCCAUACCAUCUACACCCUGCACACACUCGGACGGAUUGGGAUCCUGUCAGCUCCAAGGCUGCUGUAUUUCACUUGCUCAGCUCAGCGUGCUACCAUGGCCCUGGCUAGCAUCAACAGUGCUUUUGACCCACUGGUGUAUUAUUUCAGCAUGAAGCCUGCCAACUGGAAACUGCCCUGCUGUGGCACAAACCAGCAGCCCUUCCAAGAUUCAGGUGGAGCUAGCCCAGCAGUGGAGGGCAUCAGGAGCAUGGCCUAG